AUGACGAUUUUAAAUAACUUUUGUAUCAUAAUUUUUAUAUUAUUAGUCCGUAGAUUCCGGCAUUCUUUGUAUAUACUUCCUUCCUUCUUUUAUUUUGUAAAUCACUGCGAAUCAACUUCAGUCACGUUAGGUAUCGAUUGGGGAGAAGAAUUCGUUGAAGCUUCCAUCGCCUUCAGAGGCCACAGACCUGAUAUUCUACUCACAGGAACAGGGAGCAGGAAAUUUGAAAACGCAGUUUAUUUGCUAGGAGAUACGAGAUUAUUCGAUAAGGAAGCGUCCUCAUUCUCAGUAAAGGACCCAACCAAAACCUUACAGAAAUCAGCACACCUCCUAGGAGUUCCAUUCACCUCUAACUCAAAAUGGAGCAGAAUAUCAACAUUAAAAGCAUCAGAGGUUGCGGAAACCCUCAAAAAAAAUAAUGUACCAUUCCAUUGGGAUUAUACGCCGUACGAGUUCGGCGUUUCUAAGGACGGACAACUACACCUCAAGGUACUGAAGGACUCAAUGGUCGGCCUCGAAGAAGCAACCGGACACUUCUUUAAUCACCUGAAAUACGUAGCCCUCGAGAAGCUCCUGUCCUUGAAGGCAAUAGAUUCCUUUGAUUCCAACGUGGAGAUGUUGGCGGUGAUCUCAAUCCCCUGCAACUACACCCAGAACCAAAGGAAGGCGCUGGUUUUCGCAGCAGAAAGCGCCGGCUUGAAAGUAGUGGACCUAGUCCACGGCAUAUCAGCAGCAGCCUGGUUCCAUACACUGGAAAUGUCGCCAGGAACCAGGAAAAUAAUGUACUACGACCUGGGAAGUUAUGGAGCCAACGUGGGGGUUGUGGAAGCCAAAGUACCGCCACGAAAGUCCAAGGAAAUACCUCAUAUAAGAACUCUUUCAUGCGUUACAUAUCCAGGAAUUGGAGGAAGACAACAUGAUUUACUGCUUGCAGAGUAUUUGAGGAACAAAUUUGAAACUGAAAACGAUCUGAAGUUGAUGCCAGGAAACCCAAAAUCCUUACAAAAACUGCUAAAGAACUCAAACAAGGCCAAAAUGAAGUUAUCGCUAUCAAAUUCCGCUUCAGUUGAAGUGGACAACUUGGUGAAGAACAAACACCUCAACGUUAAGGUGACGAGGUCGGAGUUCGACAAAUUAUUGGAGCCAGUCCUCAAAGAGUUACACGUGCCAAUUAACAUGGCCUUGGAGAAGGCAAAUUUGAAAUUUAGUGAUUUGGAUAGUGUUGAGAUGCUGGGAGGAGCUUGGAGAGUACCCUCAGUUACAGCCAAGUUAUCGGAAAUUGUAAACCCACUACGGUUAGGAUUUCAUUUAAACGCAGAGGAAUCGAUAGCAAUGGGCUGCGGUUAUCUCGCAGCAGCCCACAACCCAUUUUUCAGAAUGAAAAAAAUAGAACUUUUUGACAAUGCAGUUUAUGAAUACGUUUUACAUGUCAAAGGACCAGAUUUGGACAAAAGGGUCACUUUGUACAAGCCAAUUGACAGAAUUAAUAACGCCAAAAAAGUAAAAGUUAACACUGUUAACAAUUUCAAUGUAACGAUUUACGAGACUUCAGACCCCAAUGAUCCUUCUAGUGAAGUGAAGGUUUUAGAUUACAAAAUAAAGGGGGUUGACGAUUUACUCUCAAAACACAAGAAUGAUAUGCUGGCUCAGGUGACCCUGUCAUUUAAAACAGAAAAUGGCCUGAUUAGUCUCAACAAAGUGUUUGCAAAGCCAGUUAAAAAAGCUCCAGAAACUCCAAAAACUGAAACCUCAAAAUCUGAUACUGAUCCAAGUCAUGAAGAGGCUUCUGGUCCCGAAUCCAAAACCGAGUCUGAAACUAAAACUUCUGACGGUACAGAUAGUGGUUAUGAAUCUGAUGGUUCUCAAGAGACUUCUGAACCAGAAAAACCUCAAGAUAAAUCUUUAGAUGAUGAACCUGAAUCUGCUAAAAAGCCAGAUGAGGCAUCUAAAACCACCGAAGGUGAAACAUCUGUUGGUGAAUUUGCCAAAGAUACUGACAAAAAUCUAGAUUUAAAACCGAGUUCAGAGCCAGGUUCUGAAGACACAGAUUUGAAGGAUAAGGACCAAGAAACCCCUGAAUCUCAAACAAAAGUUUCUUCAGAAACCACACCUGGGACAGGAGAUCUCAAUGAUGAUAAGUCAACCGAUCAGAAGGAUGAGAAUAAAUUGGAUGAUCAAAAAGAUAAAUCAACAACAGAUCAAGAGGAUAAAUCAGCAACAGAACAAAAAGAUAAAACUAGUGAACAGAAGGAUAAAAUGAGUGAACAGAAGGAUAAAACCACUAAAGAACCAACUGAUGAUCAUGUAAAUUUAGAAUUUGUGGACAACACAGUUAAUGUAUACCAUGAUAAAAAACUAAAUGAGAGUAAGAAUAACAUACAGUUAUUGGUAAACAAGGACAAGGCUACAAUUGAGCGCAGCCAAUUAAAAAACCGACUUGAAUCAACACUAUACAAGUACAAGGGUGUUUUGAAGUCAGACGACUUCAAGUCUGCAUGUAAACCAAAUGAAGAAGAGACUUUGUCAGAAAAGGUCAAGUCCCUUCUUGAAUGGUUCGAUGAAAACUCUUACUCAGCUACAUCCGAGGUAUUGAAUAAACAUUUGGAUGAACUUAAUAACUUGGGUAAUCCCAUUUACACCAGGAUGAAUAAUAACCUUAAUCGGGAAUCUGUGGUUAAGUUUGGAGAUGAUAAUUUUAAUGAAUUACACGAAAGGCUCAACAAACUACUCGAGGAGAAACCCUUUCUUAAAGACCAAAACGCAUCUCUGGACCUCUUCAACAACAAUUUCAGCUGGUGGGACCAGGUUAAAAAGGACCAGGCCAGCCUACCUCUUCAUGAGGAUGGACUCUUCGACUUGCCCAUGAUCAAGACUAAGCUGGACAUCUGUAGGCUAGUUUUAAGGAACCUUGAGUCGAUUCCUCCUCCUGUGGAACCCAAGGAAACUUCUGAUGAAACAAGCCCCCAGCCAGAUUCGACCACAGCUCAGCCUGACACACCUGGUGAAUCCACUCCUGAGCCUUCUGAACCUACCCAAACCCCUUCAACUGAUACCAAAGAGGUACCUGAUGCUGUUUAUUCUCAGCCCGAGAUCGAGACUGAAAAGCACUCCGAGUUAUAA